GAGAUGCCAGGACGUCCUCGACAGAGGGGCACCCUCACAGCCUGUGGGCCUCACCCAGACCCGUCUUCACAAAUGCCCGCUUCCUGGGGACAGAAAGGCCAGCGUGCACACUUGAGGCCGGCCAGCUUGUGUUUACUAAGUGAGGGUAGCCGCCCACCCGCCUCUGUUUGCCCAGUCAGUCAGUGUCAUGCCCAAGCUUGCAGAGCGGCACAGGUCAAAGGUCACAACUGAAUGUCUCAUGGCUCCGAGGAAACAGAAAUCCGCCUGGAAACUCAGCGGCCAAUGCCAGCCUGGCUGCACACAGCGACCAACGGCUAGCCAGGGCUGCCCACGAUGGACUACACCCUGGAGGUGACCCAGCAGAAGGAGCUCCUGCUGCGGACCGUCCGAAAGCUGCAAUCGAAGUCCGAGGGGACCCUCCAACGCGUUGCCCCCUUGCUGAGCUUCCAGCGUGGCAUGGGCAUGGUGACCAAGAGCGGUGUCCACCAGCUACGUGAGAGCACCUCCAAGCUGUGUCAUGAACUGGACGACCUGGAGAACCAGCUGCGCUUCUGUCGGAACCACGCGGUGGCCCGACUGGACAGGGGCAUCUCGGCCCCUCUGGGGCUCCACGUGUCCGCCGACGGGACGCUCUACCUCGCCAGCAGCGAGGUUCCCAAGGUGGCCGUCCUGACCCGGGCGGGGCGCCCUCUGCAGGCACUACCUUGCGUGACAGACGGGGGGCACCAGCACUUCCUACCGGAGGACGUCACCCUGACGAGAGCCGGGAUGGUGGCGGUGACCGAUCUGGCCGGGGGUGAUGUGAAGAUCUUUAAUCCGCACUCCAGGUUCGGCCGAGGGGAGUGGCUGAGCCUGGGCGAGUUCCGGUCACCGAGGGGCGUGGCCGUGGACGCCGUGGGCAGGCUACUGGUGGCAGACUAUGAGCCGGGCAAGGUCCACGUCUUUGAUGUCGACCACUGCUUCAGGCUGCUGAAUGUCCAGAGCAUAAAGGGCCUGCGCGGGCCCCGCUACGUGUGCCCGGGGCCCGGCGGGGGGACGGUGGUCAGCGAGGAGUGCGGAGACGUGAAGCUCUAUGGCGCCGGGCACAAGCUGCUCUGCUCGUUCAGUGCCACAUACGGCCAUCGGUUCGGGAGCCCAGCCGGGGUGUGCACCGACGUCGAGGGGAACGUCCUGGUGGCGGACGAGCAGAAACGGUGCGUCGUCCUGUUCCCUCCAAACGGCUCGCCGGUGCCCCUGGUCACUGAGGGGCUUUGUACGCCAGCUGGGCUGGCAUGCUGCAAUCGUGGCCAGCUGUACGUGGGGGACACGGGGGACAACAGCGUCAAGGUCUUCCGGUACCGAAGUGCAGCUCAUCACGGCAAGGGGACGGGCAGACUUGGCGCAGAUAACGAUGGCUAAGUUGGGGACUUCAACGAUUCU